GGGAUGGGGUAUUCUGGGGACAAGAAAAGGGCUAACGCCUUGCCGGAGCCUGGGUAUCGCGCUCGCAACGGUUGAGUUGCGCUUGAGAAGUAGGCAAGUAUGGCAACGGAGGAUGAGACAGGUUAUCAUGAAAGCGAGGGAGGACCAGGCUUAGGAGGCAGUGCUGAGCAAAGCAAGGAAGGGCAGAAAGACAGGGAAUCAACAAAUCCGGAUGACACCAAAGGGAACCGGAAGGAAAUGUCCUCGGGAGAGAGCUCAGGAAAAGUCGGGGGAGGCAGACAGGGGACUCAGGAAAAGAAGGAGGGCAGGAAUAAGGAUAGGGCGAGCCCCGAGAACUCGGAGGGAGCUGUGUCUAAGAAAGUAAGGGUCACGGACGCGAGGCGCAAACUAGCCGAGAUAGAGAAAAGGACCGCGGAAUACAAGGCAAUGUUAAUUGAGGAAAUGAUGAUUGGGAACGAGGAAGGCCCUCUGCAGGAGGUACCGCGGGACGAACGGAAAACCAGCGGGGGCGGAACUGGGCAAGGGGACAAGGGUAGUGACCGUGGGGGAACGUCGAGCAAAAGAAGGAAAGAGAGAGAGAACUCUCCGGGAAUGGAGGCAGAGAAGGCUACGAACCCCUUAGCCAUAGACAGUAGGGCUAGCCGUCUUCCGACCUCGCCAGCGGUAUCGCGAGGAUGCGAAGGGCUCUGGAGCCUCAGAGAAAGGGUGUUGGGAUGGUUCCACCCGGAAGGAACGACAAAGACUAGAGGGCGGCAGAAAGCCGGCAAGGAAGGGCCAGAUACCAGCAUGGCAGGCGAAGCCAGUAGCUCCGAAGGCGGCCUUAGGAAGAUAGUAUCAUCCCUUGCACGAGCACUGAACAAGAACCAACGCUAUCUAGCAGACGCCAAGAAAAAGCUGACUUUCGAUGGCGCAAACAUCACGCAGUUCGUGAUCGACGACGAGAACCUAGAUGCGUUACUAAAGUGGACCGAGGAGGAAAAGAUGGACCAUCUAGGACAGCAUCUGCCGUUAAGCUUAGGACGGGACAUAAUGACAAUUGUAGCCGCAAACCGGUUUUGGAAGGAAACCCGGGAUGUGAUGAUGAGAAAGUAUCUGGCAGCAGAGAAGAUGGUAACGGAGGCCGAUUUAGCAGCAGUCCAAAGGAAGAACUUCGCAACGUACAAUGACUUCCUACGGGAGUUCACCUUGGUAGCAGUAAGAAUCCCCGGGGUUACGGACCGAAUAAUGAAUAAGUACUUCCUCAGACAGUUCUCUGAGUUCGACAAGGACAAGAUCCUACAUUCGUUUGAGCUUGCCCGACCGAGAGGGCGGCGAGGUGAUGAGGCUACCACUUUCGGGACAAAGCUUAGCUUUCAUGCACUGCCCGUAGGGAAGCUGAAAAUCCAGAUCGGGAUUCAUCAUACCGACGCGUUAGUAGACGGGGAAGCAGAAAUCACUCUCAUAAGAAGAGAUUUCGCAACGAUGACGGGAUGUACGGUAAACAAGGAAGUAAGAGGGAGCAUCCGGGCAGCUGGCGGGGAAAUCCCGUUCGCUGGGUACGUCGCGAAGUGUGCUGUAAGGGCAGGCGUCAGGGAAUCGAUCUGGUCGUUUCAGCGGAUGACCGUAAUGGAGGAAAUGGACCACGACAUAAUCCUCGGGAGACCGUGGUGCGCGAACGUGGAGAUGAUAGGCAUGCACUCGCACGAUGGCUCAUACAUGGUAGACAUAGAGGACCCAGUGACCGGCCGGGGAGAGCUCCUCCGACUCCUUGGAAUGGGAGGAGACCCCCCGAAGGGGAAAUUGGCAACCUGGUCGCCGUCGUUCGAGGAUAGCAUGCGAAAAGGGACUUUCGCACGGAUGGAGGGCAUGAGAGAAAGGGUAGAAAUCAUGAUUGAGGAAGCAUUCAACAAGAAGGAGUGGAUCAAGAUGGGCCUGCCCCAGAAGAAGAGGAGGCAGGAGGACGAAGUCCUAGGUGUUAUGGCUGCAGAAAAGGAGUCAGAGGUCGAACUUGGUAUAUCCUGGAUGCGCGAGACAACUUUGAGUGGGUUUGUGGAGGCGAUUGCCCUCAAGAAAAAGACAGGGAGGAGUGUGGCGGACUGGAUAAAAGACUUCUACUUGAGGUAUCCUUUCGUCAGGAGGUUUAUAGCAGACAAUGAGACGGAGUUUGUGAACCAAGAAGUAUUGGGGAUGCUUAAGAGACUCUGCGUACCGAUCAAACUCAUCGAGCCGUAUCACCCUGAGGCCAAUGCACCUGUGGAAAGGGGGCACCGAACCUUGAAGAACACGAUUGCGAGACUCGCAGCGGAUCAUCUGGGGAACUGGCCUAGGUAUCUUAAGCAGGUUGUCUUUGCGGAGAAUAUGAUCCCUAAAAGGACAACAGGAUGUAUCCCGGUGGAACUUUGGUACAGAAGAGAGAUCGACUUUCCUGUGGAAGCCUUGAUACCACCUACCUGGAAUAGGUUAGAUGAUGAUCCGCAAAUGACUACUGAAGAGUUAAUCGAGGCAAGAUGUCAACAGAUCCUUAAGAACGAGGAGGUCAUGGAAGACAUCGCCAACCGCGUACUAGACAGCAGAAUGAGGGACAAAGCAAGGUGGGACCAGGUUAAGAAUGUAAGAAAGGAGCCACUUCAAGUGGGAGAGAUGAUAUUGCUAAGGAACUCGGCACUAGAAAGUACUUGGUCGGGACAGCUGGGAAGAAGGUUCAAAGGCCCCUACCGGGUCGCCAAGCGGAUGGGACUGAACACCUUCGAACUGGAAGAUUUGGAUGAAACUGGAUUUAAAGGGCCCUUCCCGGGGCUACGAUUGGUCAGGUUUCUAAGCCGGGACCCAGUGGAACAAUGGCUUCAGGAUUGUGGCUACCUCGUGAACGUGACCGGUACCGGUCACCAACCAGUGACCGGCCGGUCACUGGGCCUAAAUCCCGUGAAAGGUCGUUCACGGGGGCCAUUUACGGGGCUUACGCCCGUGGGGUAGGCGGUUCGGUCGGGAUGAGGGCGGGAGGGGGGUGGUGCGGGGCCCUUCUACAACCCCGUACCUUCAAAUCACAAAAAAAAAAAAAAAAAAAAA